AAUUUGUAAAAAAAAAAAAAAAGAAAUUAGGAAGCCUUCAUCGUCACUGCUAGAAACUCAUCUACACAGUGUCUUUUAGAUCUGGAAGUCUAUACUAUCGCCAGUAAUCCAAUCUGCCGUUUUCUUCGUUCUGGUUAAUUAUUUGAUCGGUGAAGUUUCGUUGGAGUUGCUAGUGGGAGCAUCUGUGUGCAGAAAGACCAGAUCUAGUUGAGGGGGAGUUACAUGUUUUUGCUAUAGAGGUGAUAUGUCGGGGUAAUGUGCAUGGUUUUUAGUGGUGAUUUUAAAGAGUUUUCGAGUUGGGAGGAAUGUCGGGCUUGUGCUUUGAUCAGCUAGACAAUAAUAUAUCAGAAGUAUUUCAUGGUAACGAUGAUGGUAUAGUGCCAAACUCGGCGAAUGAGGCCAGUAGCAGGAAGAAACAAAGACAUGAAGAUAAGGGUAGCGAAAAACCCCACUUAAAGAGUAAUACUUUUAUCAAGAAGAAGGGCGAUAUGUUAGGAAGAAACCCUUGGCCUGAGAACAAUUGUGCUGUCUCUCCGGUUUCUCUCGACGCGGGAUCAGACAAAGAUGUUCAGGAUAUGACACUAGAGGAUGCAAAGAUCUCAGAUCAUGGUUACAACGGUGGCCACGCCAACGAGGCUGAGAAUUUCUGCUCUGCGGAUCCCAUGUUGUGUGACGGUUCCACUGCAACACAUGAUGGCGUGUAUAAUAAUUAUUCCGUCGACAACAUUCCAGAUGCUGAAAAUAAUCUCAGUUUUUUGAAUAGUGGAGAUAAAGAAAGCAAUGAUCUCUUCUAUGGCUGGGGUGACAUUGGAAAUUUUGAAGAUGUGGACAAUAUGCUUAGGAGCUGUGAUUCAACUUUCGGGUUGGAGAGUAUUAAUAAUGAAGAUAACCUGUGCUGGUUCUCUUCUGCUCAGCCAAAUGAGGAUACGCAAAUCGCGAUGACAGAUGAUAUAAAACCAGACACAAUGUUGGGGAACCAAAGAACCCCAUUGUUGCAGGUUGAAGACUUUCUGAACAAUAGUGAAUCCAACCAUGGUGUUGAAGAUGAAUAUGGGUAUACUGCUGUCGGCGGCUCAGCUCAAGGAAACUCUUCAGAAAAUGUAUAUGAUACAAGUAUGCAGAAGAAGGAUAUAUUGAUGCUGGAUGAAGAGGCUAAUCUUGAAAAGAAGCAGACUGGUCAUCUUCAUAAUCUUGAUGGGUACUCGGAUAACAGUUUUACUUUACAGCACAGCGGUAUUUCCAUUGAAAAAAUGGACACAGAUCAGUAUUAUCCUCCCUCUGCAUUCCAACAACCAGGUGUUCCAUACUCGCAUUUCAAUUUUGAGCAGCCUUCAAAUCAAGUAUCAGCAUGUGAGAGUAAUUCUGGUAUCAAAUCUGAGAACACACCCAAUCCUUCCUCUGCUUCAAAUGAGUCAUACACAUCAAAUCAGGGACAAUCUGUCGAGAGUUUACAAGGUCCAACUGUUGAUGAUGAUCGGUGUAGGAAGGGAUUUGAGAAGAGGGUUAGUUUGCAGCCCGGGCAAGAUUUGCCUCCUUUUACUGCAAGUACCAGGAAGAGUAGUAAGACAAACCCCAUGGUGUUUCCUGAUGCUGCUCCUAUCCAAAAGAUCGGGCUUGAGGGUGACCACAGAAAGGCUGCAGCUAAAGUGGAAAGAUCAAACAGGCAGGAAAGUCCCUGUGUUAGCUCCGUAGUUGAUGACAUUUCACUGGAAGCAACAAGUUUUCGCCAGCUUCAACAAGUUAUAGAACAGUUGGAUGUUAGGACGAAGCUUUGCAUAAGGGACAGCUUAUACCGAUUGGCCAAAAGCGCCGAGCAGAGACAUCAUUGUAUGGAUCCAAAUGGUGGAAACAGACAGGUGAAAGGUGUUGGCUCGCAUCUCGAGACUGGUGAAACAGACAAGUACGUGGGAUUCUUGGAUAUAGAAACUGACACAAACCCGAUAGACCGAUCCAUAGCUCAUUUGCUGUUUCACAGACCCUCAGACUCGUCUCUUUCAUCAGAUCAAGAUGUUCUCUCUUAUAAAUCCCGUCCAAUGAUUCCUCAGCCCGACAGUAGUCCGAGCCUGAGGAUAGAGAAAGAAGAGGAAACUCAAGAACUUAGAAUCGAAGCUGUGGCAAGUGACAACAAGUAGUGAUGUCAACUGAAAACUGGCUCUUUCACUGCUGAACCAAUCCAGUUAUGGUUGUUCCAGUUAGUUACAAAAGUCCCGACUGUUUCUUCCAUUAGAAUCAUGGAUUUUGUAACGCGGUUGGGAUGAUUGUCUGGUUUGGAUUCCAUUUCGAAUUUGAUACGCUUGGUUGGUCGGGUCUUUAGACAUGUUCAUUGCCUUUGUAAUAUGUUCUGUAGAUAAAGAUGUUUAGUGUUUCUUGUUUGCAAUGCUAUAAUAAUCACUCUACUGUGUAUUUCUCUCGACAUAAAUUACUAAGAAACUUA